AUGGACUUUGCCAUUCGGUUUCCUCGAGUAUUCCCCCAGGGUAGACUCAUUGGGCGCAACUUCACCCGUUUUCACCUACGGGGAAGUCGGGCAGGAUUGCUCCUUAGACAACGCUCACUUUCCACCCAGCGCCCUUUGGAUAAUCUACCUGCAGGCUCUCCCUAUCCUCCCAUAAAUGUUGAGAAUGUGCUUGCGAAAGUGUCACCACCGCAAGUUCCAGUGACCGAGCGCCCGCUCCGUACCCUGCAAUCGUUGCCAGUCUCGUGUCCGGGAUGCGGUGCCUUGACGCAAGAUGUGGACCAAGGCACCGCCGGCUACUACACACGAUCACGGAAGGCAGUAAAAAACUACUUGAAAGAGCUGCGUCAGUUGGAUCAUGCAGCUGACACAGACGAUACCCAUGUUGAGGAGUCUGUAACAGUUCCCCAGACAAGUGAUGUAGACUGUCCUUCACCAGAGGAGGCGACUGCGCAGGCCGAUCCUCCCGCGAGCCCAGUCCUCCCAAUCUGCGACCGGUGUCAUGACUUGAUCCACGAAUCGAAGGGCGUCCCUAUAGCACAUCCGUCGAUCGAGAAUAUCGCAGACUCCAUUGCCGAAUCUCCAUUCUCAAGAAAUCAUGUUUACCAUGUAAUAGAUGCAGCUGACUUCCCGAUGUCUCUCAUUCCGUUGAUUCACAAGCAUCUUGAUACCGCAAGACCGCGAACACAAAAUCGCCGCUCUCCGCAUCUUCGACAUUCCACAAAGCCUGGACUGUCGUUCAUCAUCACCAGGUCUGAUCUACUCGGGCCAAGCAAGGAAAUGGUCGACAGGAUGAUGCCCAAGAUCUCCACAAUUCUUCGAACUGCCUUAGGCUAUUGGGGAGAGAAGCUGCGCCUUGGAAACGUGCACUUGGUCUCUUCCAAACGAGGUUGGUGGACCCCGGGGCUGAAAGAUAACAUAUGGGAACGAGGUGGAGGUAACUGGCUUGUGGGCAAAUUCAAUGUCGGGAAGUCAAAUCUUUUCGAGGUCAUAUUUCCCAAGGGCUCUGGGCACAGAGCAAUCUCGUAUGCGGACCUAGAGGAGGAGCAACGCCAACUGUCCAUAGACGGCCCACGCCACGUUGAUAUUCUCCCAGAGGAUUCCCUACUUCCUCCAGCUCAACCCGAACUACGCUUUCCUUCCAUGCCACUAGUUUCUAAUCUUCCUGGAACGACUGCUGCACCCAUCCGCCUCCCAUUCGGUAACCAUAGAGGCGAGCUUAUUGACCUGCCAGGUUUGGAACGAUCUGGUCUUGAUUAUUUUGUUGAUAAAGCACACAAGAGUGACCUGGUUAUGACAAGCCGCCCCAAUGUGAAGGUGUUCAAAGUCAAAGUCGGCCAGUCUCUUUUGCUAGGUGGGGGUUUGGUGAGAAUCACACCAAUGUUAGAUGAAAACGACCCUAGCACAAUUUUACUGGCCUAUCCUUUUGUGCCUCUGAAAGCCCACGUAACAUCUACCGACAAGGCUAUCGGGACGCAAGAGCAAAGACGGGAAAGCGGCAUUGAGACUAUCUUGGCCGAGGAUGUUGGAACAUCCAUGUCUUCGGCCGGUAUCUUCAAUCUGGAAACAGAUGUGACACGAUCAAGAGCUGGCUCCAUGGUCAGGGCUGGCGUCGAUCCGUCCAAACUUCCAUUUGAAGUCUUCGCUACAGACAUCCUCAUAGAAGGAGUGGGCUGGAUUGAACUAGUUUGCCAGGUGAGGAAGAGCCGGAGAAGGUCGUCUCUUACAUCACAAUCACAGCCUUUGAUCAAUUACGAAGCGGGAUCGAUUGUUCGGGAGGGUUCUCAGGAUCUUUUGACCACCGCGACGACCUUUCAACCAUUCGGUGGAGUGGACUUUCACGAGUCGAACUUUUCAGCCAAAGAUCCGAGCUCAAAUUAUUUCCCGAAAGUCGAAAUCUUUACACCGAAUGGGAAAUCUGUUGGUCAGCGUCCUUGUCUGGGCAUCUGGCAAUUAUGGAAUCAGGGCUUGAGGCGUACGCAUGAACGCUCCGCUCGCCCCCGGAAACCGAUGAGCGGCGCGAAGAAACGCGACAAGCUUGCAAAGCGUGCAGCAUUGGCAGUACAGACGCGGAGCUAG